CCGCACGGUCAGUCAAUCAUUUGGUCUUGCUCAGCAGACGCUGAGAGAUGGGCAAAGUUGACACCCCCGUUUCCAGGAAGGAGAUAGCUCAUACGUUUGCCACACCCAAAGUGACACAGAGCCUAGAGUGGAGGCUUUUCUUCAGUCUUGCCAUAUGUGCAACCAUCCUCUACUUACAUUUUCUCACUGAUAUCGGUCCCAAAUCCCAUUCAGCAGAUAAUGACCCCUGGGUAGGCCUGGCAAGCCACUGUGCUGAUGCGCAGCCCAUAGAUGGUUCAGAAGUUCUUCAACGCCAGGAGAACUUGGCAAAGAUAUUGUAUGACCAUGGCGCUUCAGCCUACGUUGCAGAGCCUGGCGCAAACGCGCAGUACUUUGGAAACAUUUCCCAGGCGUCAUGGCACCUUUCCGAAAGACCACUACUACUUAUGAUCUUUCCUACACUCGAGGAAGCCAGCAUUGUGGCCAAGAUCACCGUCAUCACACCAGCUUUUGAGGAAACACGCGCCAAACUUUUGUUGGUACCUGGAAUUGAUGUUACAUAUGCCUCUUGGGCAGAAGACGAAGAUCCAUACGCUGUCGCGCUGCACGCGCUUUCCACCCUUAAAGGACCCAUCUACGUUGAUGGCAUGAUGAGGAAUUUUAUUGUCGACGGUCUCCAGAAGGCUGCCCCUGGCGUCCACGUCAUGACCGCCCCACCCGAUGUCACCCAGCUCAGGGAGCGCAAAUCUCUGGCAGAACUAGACCUUCUGAGAUGUGCGAACGAGGUCACCGUUCUUGGAAUUCGGGCUGUACAAGCCCAGAUGUACAUUGGGAUACGGGAGUCAGAAGUUCAAGUAAUGAUCGAUGAAGCGCUCGCUGUUGCUGGUCUUAGGGAGAGAUGGGCACUAGUACUUUUUGGGGAGAAUGCUGCUCUCCCUCAUGGAAGCGGGACCGACCGCGUACUGGGAAAAGCAGACUUCAUUCUCAUAGAUGCUGGUGGCUUGUUGUUCGAAUACCACAGCGACGUUACACGAACAUUCAUGCUACACGAUAGCUCCAUUCCUCCAGAACAUACUAUGAUCUGGUAUGAUGUACAUACUGCCCAAACCCUGGCGCAUGCAGUUGCUCGGGAGGGGGUGAAUACAUCUGCCGUAGACAGGGUAGCACGCGACUGGCUUGACGGGCGCGGGUACAAGGAAUAUUUCACGCAUAGGCUGGGUCAUGGCAUCGGACUUGAAGGUCAUGAGGCUCCUUACCUCCGUGGAGGAACUGACGACACCAUCCGAACGGGGAACGCCUUCUCGAACGAACCAGGUAUAUACAUCGAAGGCAAGGUCGGUAUUCGACUUGAAGACUGCUUCUACAUCGACGAGAGCGGAAAUUCGGUAUUCCUAACCCAGGGGGUUGGGGGACAAGCGCAAAGCCCGCUAUAUCCUUGAACUUCGCGUUCCUCCGAUUGGGCUUCCGGGAAUAUGAAUUUCUGAAACAGAUGAGUAUGUAAAAGAGGUUAGUUGAUGUAACAUGCAGCAUCUUAAAUCCGCAGAAGUUUUGUGAUCGGAUUUGGAUCUAUUCCUAGACACUAUAGCGAGAAGGGCUACAUACCAGUUAGAUGAGCGGUACGAGGUGGUAUUUAAUAAGCCCUUAGUCGGAUAUGAGGACUGACGGAUGCUCGUCGUAAAGAUUAGGAGAUUUUCAUUUGAUAGUGCAAUCAUAAUGGAAGCAGUCGAAUGAAUUUGCUUUCAUGACU